AGCCUCAACUCUCGCGGCCCGGUACCGGUCCGUGACCCGGGCGUUGGGGACUGCUGAUAUGAAAUAGAAAUUCUAUUAAUAUGAAGGUUUGUUGAAACACCAGCCGCACACUGGAGGGCGGGAAGUCUCAGCAACAACAAACUGAUCAGGAAAGACACAGGUGGGACUGAAGGUGGGCGGGAUUAAUGUGUCAGCGAGGUGUUCUGUUAUCUGCUAAAUCACUGUGGUAACUGACAGUGAACAGCUCACCUGCUCGGCAGCAGGUUUCCUCUGAGUCGCUGACAUGUGCAUACAGAACAGCUGCAUCAGUCUGGAGGUCGUUCCCAUAGGAACCAGUGUUUCCAGGUCGCUGACAGAUUGUUGCAGUCGCACGCAGUUUGCACGGAAAAUGCUGACCUGUGAGUUAUCACAGCAGUCAGGACAUCUCAAAGGUGGGAGUUUUAUUUUGAAGGCGUUUGCAGACAAGUCGCUAACCUGCAAACAACCAACGUGACUGCAAAGACCAGUUUCACCCAGCAACAGCCAGCAAACACCAGCUGAUGAGGAUGCAGACGCAGCAAGGUGGGCGGAGCAGGUUCUCUAUGGUAAAAUGACCUGAAACACCUUUGAUGCCCCACCGUGUUCUAGCAGGACGUGAACGCUGUGGUCCUCAGUAACCAGGCCGUCUCUGGGACGUCCUGCAGGAAUCAUCCCAGGGACACGUUUGAUGAACUGAGGUGCUUCAGCACCACGUAGGAAACGUCUGUGGUCACAUCGCCCACAGUUUGUUUUAGUGGCCUUCACCGUGGAUAAGGACGCCUCGUUAACCUGUCAGUGUGGAGGAAGCUCAGAUCGGUGUGUGUGUGUGUGUGUGAGAGUGUGUGUGUCUAUUUGUUGAACGUGAUUUCUGUUUUUCAUGAUGAUUUAUUUUCUCGUUACUGCACAGAGAACAUUUCUCACGUCCUAUAAAGCUUUUUUGCAUUGUUUUGUACGAUUGAACAGUCCUGCACGUAUGCAAACACACACACACACACACACACACACACACACACACACACACACACACACACAGCAGCUCUGUAAUGAGGACGCUGGCCCUCUGCAGCAGCACGGUGACUAACAGUCUUUGAAACGGGACACUAACAAGCUAACGGCGUCCUCGGCACCGAACCACAGCUGGAUUGAUCUGCUGAGGGGUGUACAUGCUUCAGUGUGUGUGUGUGUGUGUGUGUGUGUGUGUGUGGGGGGGGCUCAGACCCUCCACAGUAAGCUGUAUAUAAGUAUGAAAGACCACCAUUCAUCUGCACACAGUGAAGCGUCAACCAAGAAGCACGAGUGAGGAUCCAUUUUGUUUCUACUCAGACUUUAUUGUGUUGACAGGAAGCAGAAAUCUGAGCGGCUGGGACAGCGACUCGCCUGCAGCUCUGCUCAGUUUCUUGGUGGUUUCUCUCCCCGAGUGACGCCAGCAUCCAACCUCACGGUCCAGCUCCAAGGAGACACAGCGACACUUGAGCAGCAGGUAAGAAACACCAAACUGGCACUGACAUCACAGGUUAGUCCUUCACAGGGCGCCAAACUCAGUCCGGCAUCAGAUCAGGGUCAAACUGGCAGAGGCGUGACAGCACACAUCGGGUCCAAUCAGAAUGUGUCUUCAGUGAUUGGUGAACUAACUUGAUUGGAGUAUAAAAGGCUUCGUGUGCACCUGCACAGGUGAGCUCAGAGUGAGCUCUGGAGCGAGUCUGUCUGUUCAUUAGUCAGUUAUAAAGAAGUCCAGGCGCGGGAGGAGGCGGAGUCAAAACGAUGGUUUUUAUCAUGUAAAAAUAAGUAAAAUAUACGACAAGCUAAUUUAAAAAACACCACAGUGGUGACAUCACUCGACUUCCUGUAAGAGUAAUGGAUUACAUGAGCUCAGUUUGUGAGUAUAACGUGACGGCGCCGCCUCCUUCAUCACUGCUGUUUACAGCAUAAGAACAUUCGUCUGUGUCAUUGUUAAUGUUUGUCAGGUAUGAUGUCACUGUGACGCCUGUCAUCACGCCUAAACAAUCAAAUAUAUUUAACUGUAAUUAUGUGAUUUAAUCACUAUUAUUAUUAUUAUUAUCAUUAUUAUUAUUAUGAUUAGAUGUGCUGCGGAGACUGAGGAAAAAAAUAUUUCAUGAAAGCUGCAGAAGCGUUACCACGGUGAUAAAAAAAGUGACACCUGCAGUCUAUGAAAAAGUAACGAAGCUGUCGUCGUUAUGAAAACAAAGCCAGCGAAUCCUGUAAUAUUACAAUAAUGAAAAAAACGUCGCCAUGUCAGCCAGCUGCAGAGAGACGACAGCUAUGUUAAACAGGUGUCUGUGGGGUUAAAGGUCAGCACAGCCUGAUUCACUUUCAGGCACCAAAAGCUCCUCGUUAGGGCUCAAACUCGCCGUUUCACGGCUGCCUGACAAAUAAGGAGCUGGAGGCGAGCGGUGACCUCGGGGUCAGGGCGCCGGCGUUUACAGCCGCUCUGUCAGCCUCAGACUGAAACACCUGAAGCCAGACUUUGUUCCUCAAUCCAGAAUAAAAAUGUUUAGGAAUUACAUCAGUGACCAUCAUCCACCAGAGGAGGCGCUGCAACAUGAGAUCACAACGAGCUUCAUGAAACUGAAAAUUCUUCUUCUGUUUGUUUUUAGGAUGUCUCAGCUUCCUGUUUUUCCCCGCACGUGCGUCCCGCUGCUUUGCAUUCUGGGUAUGAUCUUGCUGACGUCUGGCUUCCCUCAGUCUCGUCUUCCUCUCAGAAGUUCGGAAGAUUCGGAGGAACACAAACGAGUCGACUGGGACGUCCUCUACCCUUCCAUCUCUCUCCGUGAUUGGAGCAUCCAAAUGAUGUCAGCGCCCGGCCUUAGAGCAGCAGCCAACAGCAAAGCAGGACUGAUGAGGGAGGCGUGGCUAUUUACUCCAGAGGGGGCGGAGACAAGUGUGGAGGGGGCGUGGCCUGCCGAAUGGUCGUCUCCGGGAGCCGGGAUGGCGAAGAGGAACCUGGUGGUGGCCGACGACGCGGCUUUCAGAGAGAAGAGCAAGCUGCUCACCUCCAUGGAGAGGCAGAAGUGGCUCAACUCGUACAUGCAGAAACUGCUGGUGGUGAAUUCGUGACGAGCGCGUCUUCACGGCCCGGUAGCCUCCAAACUCCCAGAAAUUUACCCGACGACAGAAAACAUCAGAAGCUGGAAUCUGGUUAAUUUUUUAAAUGUUUAAAUUUAAAGUGACUCUUUUGGCUCUGCUGAAAAUAACUUUGUGUUUAAUUUGAUGAAUGAAUAAAUAUGAAAAUGAUG